AUGGCUACUGUGGAGCCCGUCUACGCGCAGAUCGUCAAGCCAAACGGAAAUCGCAAAAAUUCCUUCAAGCAACUGUUCUCCUUUGCUUCAAAUGACCACACGAAGACUCCGAUUGGUGAACUCCCAAGAACUUUUCCACCAGAGAGAUAUCAUUCUUGUUUUGUCAAGCAGACAAAUUGGUCUAAAAAGCGUAACAGUCACAAGACAUUUCUCAUCGUCUUCUCGACAUUGUUCAUCCUAGUCGAUAUGGCGUUUUGGCUCGUCUAUAAUUUAAAAGAAUUUGGAAAAACACUUGAAGGAGUGCUCUCCCAGAAUCCCUUUGAACUCGUGCACACCUUUCUUGGCACUGGAAUCACGCUUGUUUACAUCGUUUUCUACUUGAUUGGCGUGAAUGCGGUGAUCUUCAAACAACGGCACUUGUUGAUGUCUUUCAUGAUUUAUCUAAUUGUCGCCGUUUUUCUCAACAUCUUACACAUCGCUUACCAUGUCGUCAACUUAAUUCUCUACGAGACAAUGGCUCAAGAAAUCGUGGCUAUGUCAAUGUCGAAGAUGAGACUUGUGAAGGCAUUUCUUAUCGUCUUCUCGUUGCUGUAUAAGCUGAAAACUUUAGGCGCUGAACAAAAUCUCAUCCUCGAUGUGGAGCAAUGUCAAAGCAACACGCUUCCACAAAUGCCCGACCAUAUCUGUGUAAGAAAAAUUCAAAAAAGCGCCUGGCCAAGGGUUCGCAUCAUUCACAAGGGGUUUAUUAUUGCUUUCUCGUCGGCUUUGGUGGUAGUGCUGGCUACAUUUUGGUCAUUGAUGCAUCCUCGGAAUGAUAAAUAUUUCCCGUUCUCCACCGCUCCUUACAAUGCCAUUCACAAUUUGAUCGCCAACAUCGUCUUUUUGACCUCCAUUGUCUCGUGCUCUGCCGGAACUUACGCGAUUCUCUUUAAAAGGCGAAAAAUGAUUGUCGGAGUCAUGGUGCAUUUGCCUCUGCAAGAGGGUGGCUGGGUGAAGACGAGAAGAGCACAUAAAGUAGUGGCUGAGAUCGUAUGGCUUCAGGAUGUCAUCUAUCACUCAAUUCGCGAUGAUCCAUAUGAUUGGGUGGUCUGCUCGGCUGUCUACUCGGCCUGGUGUCCGGUAGUAUUCGGCUUUUCGGUUUUCCAUCUCCGCAAAAUGAAGCAAUGCAUGGAAUGCUAU